AUGCUGCACUGUAAAAGCAAAUUGAGCAAGGCCAGUGGUCAGUCUCCCUCCCCGCCUCCCCACCUCCGACCCAUACCCGUACCCCGUCCACUGGCCGGCGCGUACUGGCCUAGAACUUUGGCAGCUACACUUUUACUUCUGCUCCCCCCAUCUCGCCACGGGUCGGACACCUCCAUCAACAUGGAAUACGACAAAGACUACAAGCAGCCCGAGUACGGCAACGCUGUCCACGACCUCGAGGCCGGAGCGCAGCACGGCGACGCUGUCAUCCACGACUCUGAGAUCAAGGACCAGAACCCGCUGUUCCGCGGUUUCCGCAAGCUUUUUGACAGCGGUGUCGAGGCUCGUGGUAUCGAGCGUGUGCCAGAGGAUGAGCGCGAUGGCAAGCACACCAUCGGUCUGAUGCUCCUGUGGUGGUCGGUCAACACUGUCGUCUCCACUUUCCCCAUUGGCCUCCUUGCCCAGGCCUACUACACCAUGACCUUUAAGAUGGCCGUCGCGGCCAUUGUGGUCUUCACUGCCAUCGGUGCUGCAUGCACUGGCUUUAUCGCCACCCUCGGCCCCAAGACAGGUCUCCGUACCAUGGUCAUCUCGCGUUACUCGGUCGGCUUUACAGGCGGUACCAUCUUUGCCGUCUUCAACAUCCUGACGCAGCUUGGAUUCUCGUGCACUGCCGUCAUCCUCGGUGGCCAGACCCUCACCAAUGUCAGCAACGACAAGCUCCCGCUCGAGGCCAGUAUUGUCAUUGUCGGUCUCCUCGGCCUGAUCCUCUGCUUUGUCGGAUACAGCGCUGUCCACUACUGGGAGCGCUACUCGUGGAUGGUCAUGGUUACCUUGUUCCUCUGCAUUCUCGGCCUCUCGGCCCACCGCGGCUUUGACGCGUCGGCUCAGGAGCCUCUCCAGGACCAUGGCAAAGCGUUUGCCGGCGACUUCCUCAGCUUUGGCGGUAUUGUCUUUUCGUCUGUUGCCGGUUGGGCUCCUAUCGCCGCCGACUUCAACUGCCGUCUCCCGGCCACCAUCAGCCCCGUCAAGGUCUUCUUCCUCACCUGGUUCGGCCUCAUGGUGCCCCUGCUCUUCAUCGAGAUCCUCGGCGCCGCUGUCAUGACCGUCCCCGACUUUGCCGCCGCUUUCGAGGAAGGUGACGCGUCUGGUGUCCUCCAGGAGGUCUUCAGGCCCUGGGGUGGAGGUGGCAAGUUUAUCCUGGUCAUCUUCUCCUUCUCGAUCAUCGCCAACAUUGCGCCCAACACCUACUCGGCCUCGCUUUCGGCGCAGACCCUUCUGCCCAUCUUCCAGAAGAUCCCCCGUGCCGCCUGGUGUGUGUUCAUGUUCCUGGUCUACACCGCCGCUGCCAUUGGCGGUCGUGAGCACUUUUCCGAGGUGCUCUCCAACUUCCUCGCGAUUCUCGGCUACUGGGUGGCGUUCUUCAUCGUCGUCGUCGCCGAGGAGCACUACAUCUUCCGUCGCCGCAUUGGCUACGACUUUAGCGCCUACAACUCGUUCAGCCGUCUCCCUGUCGGCAUUGCUGGCAUCUUUGCCUGCGCCUGUGGUGCUGGAAUGGCGGUUGUUUCGAUGGCCCAGGUGUGGUACAUUGGUCCCCUCGGCGCCGUGUUUGGCGAGUACGGAGGCGACCUUGGUUUCGAGAUGAGUGCCGCCACCACUGGCAUCCUCUACCCGCCUCUGCGGUAUCUCGAGCUCAAGUACUUUGGUCGUUAG